AGAGAGAGAGAGAGAGAGAGAGAGAGAGAGAGAGAGAGAGAGAGUCAGUAGUUGCUCUGACAUUAUAGAGACUCCUACCACGUACUGUAGGUUACUUUUUUUCCUCCCGGCGACGUCCUCUACUAAGUUGCGCUCCUGGAUUUUAAGCGCGUCUUGGUGAAGUCCGUCCCCAGCAAGCAGCGGCUUCAACCCUCCUGCCACCCGGCCGGACCAAAGCACCGGCGGACAGCUUGUUGUAGCCUUUCAUUUACUUCCCCGGACCAGAUUUCAUGCGAAACAAAAUACGGAUGCUGGAACCUUUGAGUUGAUUGGAACAAAUAGAAAGCAGAAAAAAAGAGAUAAAGAAAGAGCAGAAGAGUGACGAGAAAGAAGAAGAAGGAGGAGAGUGAAGAAAGCAAAAAGUUCUUAAGAAAGAGGAGAGAAAGAAAAAGACGGGGACGAUGGGGAGGAAAAAGAUUCAGAUCACACGGAUUAUGGAUGAACGCAACAGACAGGUGACAUUUACAAAGCGAAAGUUUGGCCUGAUGAAGAAAGCAUAUGAGCUGAGCGUGCUGUGUGACUGUGAGAUCGCCCUGAUCAUCUUCAACAGCACCAACAAGCUGUUCCAGUAUGCCAGCACAGACAUGGACAAGGUCCUGCUUAAAUACACUGAGUACAACGAGCCCCACGAGAGCAGGACCAACUCCGAUAUUGUGGAGACGUUGAGAAAGAAGGGCCUAAACGGCUGUGACAGCCCAGACCCCGACGCAGACGACUCGGUCGGCCACAGCCCCGAGUCCGAGGACAAGUACAGGAAAAUAAACGAGGACAUUGAUCUGAUGAUCAGCAGACAGAGACUGUGUCAGGCCGUGCCGCCAUCCAACUACGACAUGCCCGUGUCCAUUCCUGUCAGCAACCAGAACAAUCUCAUCUACAGCCAUCCUGGCGGUUCCCUAGGCAACCACAACCUGUUGCCACUGGCACACCACGGCCUACAGAGAAACAGCAUGUCCCCCGGAGUGACUCACAGACCUCCCAGUGCAGGUGGCCUCAUGGGUGCUGACCUCACCACUGGCGCAGGCACCAGUGCUGGAAAUGGAUACGGGAACCACCGCAACUCCCCAGGUCUGCUGGUCUCUCCAGGUGGAAUGAACAAGAGCAUGCAGACUAAAUCCCCCCCACCGAUGAACUUAGGCAUGAACAACCGUAAACCUGACCUACGUGUGCUCAUCCCUCCUGGUGUCAAGAACAACAUGCCCUCCAUCAACCAGAGAAUAAACAACUCUCAGUCUGCUCAGUCACUGGCCACCCCUGUGGUAUCAGUAGCAACUCCCACUUUGCCAGGACAAGGCAUGGGCGGAUAUCCAUCUGCCAUCUCUACUUCAUAUGGUACAGAGUACUCCCUGAACAGUGCAGAUCUGUCCUCCCUGUCUGGCUUCAACAGCGGCAGCUCCCUUCACCUCGGCUCAAUGAGCGGGUGGCAACAUCAACAACUUCAGAACAUGCAGCAUUCAGCCCUCGGCCAGCUAGGAAAUUGCUCUAGCUCUCACUUAUGUCAGGGUUCAAAUCUGUCCCUGCCCUCUACUCAAAGCUUGCACAUCAAGUCCGAACCUGUUUCUCCUCCCAGAGAUCGCACCAGCAGCACACCGGGGGGCUAUGGUGGAGUACCGCCUCCUCAGAACCCCUCGUCCCGCCAGGACUCGGGACGCUCCCCUGUUGAUAGCCUGAGCAGUUGUAGCAGCUCCCACGAGGGCAGCGACCGGGACGAGCACAGGAACGAGUUCCACUCACCUCUGGGACUGUCCCGGCCCGCCCUGGAUGAGCGCGAGAGCCCCUCCAUCAAACGGGUGCGCCUGUCGGAAGGAUGGGCCACAUGAUAGCUCUGUCCUCUCCCCGGCAAGUGCCCAAAGUCGCCCUUAGCCCCCACGAUAACAACGCAGCGUUGCAAUGCCCCCCAAAAUCAACUCCCUUCUCUUCCUCCUUUCACUCCUUAUCAUGAGUCACUCACCGCCUGACCCCACGGCCUCUCUCCUUUAUUUCUAACGCUGAAGGAAAGAAAAGGGACCGCCCUUUUCAAAAAUAUGUUUAUUUUUUCUCCUUUUUUAUUUUAUUUUUGCUGAGUGUGUGUGUGUGCUAUACAUAUUGACAUUAUAUAAACCAGUGGGGUGUUGUACUGGGGGUUUGGGAGGGCAGGUGUUGGUUGGGAUGGGUUUCUGGGGGUAUUUUUGUUGGGGAACUAUGCAUAAAUUGUAUUGUGUGUGGCUAAAAGAUGCAUAUAUCUUUACACGUGUGUGUAUGUGUACAUAUAUGCAUAUCAACAAAUAGACAAAAAAAAUAGUCAGGUACUCUGUUUCAUAAAACGUACUUACACUUUGCCUCAGCGAUAUAUCAGAGUCAAGAGACAAAAAAGACAAAAAAAAACAUGAACAUGAGAGUGAGUGUGUUCAAUGGGAAACACCUUAGCACUUGAGUUGGACAGACAAUAAAUGUGUACAGUGUCAGUUUCAUUGCUAUAAACCUUCUCUGCAGUUCUCCCUUGCAAAAAUGUGUGUUAACAUUAGAUGAUGUCAUGUUGCAGGUUCAACGUAUUUAUGUAAAUAGAGGGUCGAGUGGGGAGGGCAGGGGUCAAAAAUUUGCCAGACAUUACAAGAUUUAUUUACUCACUAAAUGAAAAAGCUAUUAUGCAACAUUUGAAGGAUUGUACAGGUAAACAGGCAGCCCCAAUGCUAGACAUGUGGAAUCUUUGAUGAAGUUAGCACUCCUCUGAGAGACCGGAGCCGAGCGAGGACCACCCUUUGAUCUCAGAGCUACAUUAGCGUAAUCAAGACAACUCUGGAUCUAGUAUUAAUAUUCAGUGUUAAUAAAGAAAAAAAGAAAGAAAAAAACAAUUGUACGAUACACUUGCUUAUAUUUUCAUAUGAAAGGAAUACAAUGCAAAGCAUUUUGUGGCUUUUUGUAGUUUCUAUAAGCCAGAAUGUGUUUUUUGAUAGCUUUGCUAAUAAGAAUGGAUAGUUCGCCCAGAGGGGAAUCGACAGGGCUCUGAAGCCCUAAGCCAUGAAAACAGACUGGAGAUCCAAUGCUUUGCUGAACUGUUUUAUCUUUGUAGAGGUUUGUUUUUAAACGUGUAUUUCUAAUUAUAUAUAAUAAUGGUAAUAUUAAGAAUCUUUAAAAAAAUCUGUGAAAUUAACAUGCUUGUGUAUAGCUUUCUAAUAUAUAAAUAUAUAUACUAAUGAUUUUUGUUGGUUUCUUAGUGGAGUUUCUAUGUGCAGUUGCACAUGUUGUCUGGUUUGUUUCAUUUGAGCCCUGAACAGUGGCGUUCAGGGUGUAUUUAGUCUAACCUUAAAAAACCAGCUGGGAAACAUCGUCAGGGUUUGUGUGGCGGAGAAAAGAUGGGCCUGAAUGCUGAAAAACAAGCUGUUAGUGGAAAAUGUCAGGAGCUGGAACAGGGGACGACACAGAAAUAAAUGUUGACACAUGAUGGACAGGACUGUCAAACUGAUGAGGGAAUCUAGCUGACCCUAUACAAAACCAGAUACAUUGUGUAUUUUAUUCUGAAGCUGAAUAACACAAUUGAUAAUGUAAUAAGAUUUUUGGACAUUAUCAGCAUUCUGCUGCAUCUUAAUCCUAGCUUGUGUUCAAUUUAUGCACAAGCACACAACCAAUCUAAAUGAUUGUCUUCUGAAUUGCAUUCAUGUGAAACAAUUUGGCAUUGAAGUGCAUUGUGGGUAAUUAUCCUGAACAUUUUUACACCUGACUUGAUCCUGUGCCGUCCUGUGUCUCCUCAUGCUCCAGUCUCCAGAGCACAUUUCCACAUCCUUCAAACCACGUUCAGCAUCAGAGAAUACAGGGACAAAAGGAUGAUGCUGGUAGGAAGAAGCACAAUUUGUUUAUUUGAAAUAAAUAAAUAGCUGUUUUGAUUUUAUCUUUUAUAAAAACAAUGAAACUAGCCACAUAUCUCUCUGCCUCCCACUCCGUAUCUGCUGUCACUUAAGUGUUUAUGAUAUUUCUAUGUGCAUAUUUCAUGCAGGUUCACUAUGUUGUUACUGUAACAGUCCUGUGUAGUCAAACAGGGGCAGAGCCUCUAUAAUGGUGGUGUUCUUCUUCUUCUCUUUUUUUUUUAAAACUCAAUAACAAAAGGUUGAGAAAAAAAUAAACAUGAUGUUUCAGGCAGCAACAGUGUGGAGAAACCAAAGCCAGUGGCAUUUCUGUGUUGUAAACUCAACUUUUAUUUUCACAUUCAUUUAUGGUUUUGCAAGCAUUGAAACAAGACAAUAAAAGAAUUUGUCUCAAAUGUA